ACCAGAGCGUAUCGACUUGAUGUCUACAAUUCUCCAAUGUGGCAGAUUUCUUCUUUAUCAUGAAUGGCCGCGUUUGACUUAGCCCCUAUUAUGUCCGCUAUGCCACCAAGAGACUGUCGAAUUUAGCUUUUGACAACCCUUGUCUGCUGAUGUCUUCGUCGUUGAUGUCAAUUUGACAGUUCCCUUGACAGUAGCAUAAAAGUGGUGAAUGAAAAACGUAACACGGUGAAUGUCGAUUUGUUUCACGCUCGCGGUGAAUGUUUUUUCGGGGAUUUUAUAUGAUUUCUCGUUACGCGGUGACGAGCGGUUGAAAAUCUGGCUUUGUUGUUCGUAUAGUGCACAAUAGUUCUCUUGUUCUGGUGACUGCAAAAUUGCACUAAACAAGUUUGUUUGUUUGCCUUUCGGGAGUAUUGUUGCGUUAGCCUUCGAUUGAUGGUUUGGAUCCCGUGUUAGUGCUGAUGACGUUUGGUCGGGCUCCGUAGGAGCAAUAUUAUUUCGCUAGUCGGCUAAGUGGUCCAUUAAAAAUAAAGUUCAAUCGCGUGUGCAAUCGGGUCGCAGUGCUCUCACCCCGUUUAAAGUGCGCGGAUAUAAUAACUUUUCCGGGAAUAAUUAGAUACUGCGCGAAAUUAGUCACUAAAUUACUAAGUUCUAAACCUAAGGAUAAGAAUAAAGGGUACAAAGGAGGACGACACUAUGUUCAAACGUAGUUAAUUUAUGCGACGAACACGUAGAUUGCUUGUUCAGGACCUUGUCUUCACCGAAUCCGCGUUCAGGUUCUCUGUUUGAAAAAUACUUUGGGACAUAAAAGGGUGACUGAAACGGAACUGCAUUGUAUUUGAUAUAGCAAAUUAUUGCUGACCAACAGACGGGGACUCCUUGAAAUCUAGCUUAUUCAAUUAAGAUUUAUUCAUAGUAAAAAUGUCUUCAUUAUUAUUUUCCACAAAAUGGAAGUGGUUACAUCGACCUGGUAGCAAAAAUCACACAAUUCUCCUGAUAGUUGUGAUUGUAUUCAUUUCGUGUGUGCCAUUUUGUUGCGGUGAUAUAGAGCCGAAACCAAAUUAUGAGGAUAUGUCGACUCCCAUGGCGAAAUUACAUGAUGACAAUAACUUUGGAAAUGACAACAAGGACAGUGUUGGGGAACGUGCUGCCAUUGGUGAUAACGGUGGCAAUGCACAGAAAGUGGAUGAAAACACGAAAAGUUCCUUGCCUGUAAGAGAUUUAGGUUUCAUACAUGCAUUCGUUGCAUCAAUUUCAGUUAUAUUGGUCAGCGAAUUAGGUGAUAAAACAUUUUUCAUAGCUGCUAUAAUGGCAAUGCGACAUUCCCGCAUUACCAUAUUUGCCGGAGCAAUCUCAGCCUUAGCAUUAAUGACCGUUCUGUCCGCGGUUUUCGGCAUGGCCGCGCAAAUCAUACCUCGAGUUUAUACAUAUUAUAUUUCAACAUUUCUGUUUGCCGUAUUUGGAUUGAAAAUGCUUAAAGAAGGCUACUAUAUGAAACCAUCUGAUGCUCAGGAAGAAUUGGAGGAAGUCCAAUCGGACUUACGUAAAAGAGAGGAUGAGCUUAUGAAAACCUUGAAAGAUGGCGGCGGCAGCGCUAGAAAUUCAAAUUGUGACCUUCGUAGUAUUAGUAACAGAGGCUCAACCACAUCCUUGCGUAUGCAUCGUAUUAAGGAAGACUACAAUAUUGAUGAUGAUGAACAAACUAGCGCAAUGUUACUAUCUACUCCGGUUAACAGUAACGGAAUUGUUACUAGUCGUACCCUGGUUGAUGGCAUUGAUAUGAAAACAAACAAAAUUACAACCAAUGCUGAUGUGAGCGGACCUAGCGGUGUAUCCGGGCGUCGUACACAGUCGGCCAUGAAUUUAUCAUCAUCUUCGUCAAUUGAUAAUAUUCCAAAUAGUGGACAAACCAAUCGAUUUUCUGUUCAAGAUGGCAGCGUCAGUAGCGGUGCGAGCGCCAUUUUGAAUCAUCAUUCGGUCGGAUCAACACAUUCAUUGGUUGCCGGGACUAUAACAAAGCUUAAUAAAGCGGACAUAAAUGCGAACGGCAUGAUGGAACUGAAACAGUUCGGAAGUAAAAAAUCGCUUGAAAAGGAAGCAUCCGUGGCAGCCAUUCAAGAUCCAGAAAGUGGCGUGAUUCGACGUUCGAAGCAGCGUAGCGCUGCGUAUAUGACUUCGAGAAUAUUUAUGCAAGCCUUCACUAUGACCUUCCUUGCCGAAUGGGGUGAUCGGUCUCAACUGACAACUAUUAUCCUAUCAGCCCGUGAGGAUGUUUACGGAGUCAUUGUGGGAGGCGUUUUAGGACAUUCAAUUUGUACAGGAUUAGCUGUGAUCGGUGGUCGUAUGAUCGCCCAACGAAUUUCGGUGCGCACUGUGACUUUAGUUGGUGGCGUUGUAUUUAUUUUAUUCGCUAUAAGCGCUUUGUUCUUUAAUCCAAAUGACGCUUGACCUAAGGAAAAUAACAAUAAAAGUGAAGUAUUUAGAAAAAGUUGAUGAGAAAAUAUUGGAAAUCCUUAAAAAAAAAACAACUACAAACAAAGGUAAACUGUGUGAAAAACAAAAAAAAAAGAACAAAAAAACCGAAUAAAGAGCAAAUAAAAAGGA